CAGCUACUUCUUUCUUCUUCUUCUUCAUCAUCAUCUUCUACUGCUACUCGAUCAAAGCUUUGUUUCUUUGUUUCUUUCUCUGCGUGCAAGCUACCCAGCCUGAACCUCCAUCCAAACCUCCUCUCAUAUCCAUUUUCAUCUUUCGUACGGCAAGACCCAUCAUUUUUUUUCUUACGUAAGUCCUUCUCACUCUCUCUCGAAGCCUCUCUGUCAGUCUCUUGUUGGUUUGCUUUGCUUUAUAUAUUUCCUCCUCGCUUUGCAUGUGACUACUGCCUUUCCCUUUCUUAAAAACCCAGAACUCUCUUCUUUACUCUUCCAUCUUCCAGUUCCUGUUCGGUAUACACAAACUCAGCCAUUCUCUCUCUUUCGAUUCUGAGGAAGUGUUUGAUCAGUGCAUGAGCUUAUGGAUCCUUCAAGUGGACAACAACACCACCAGGAAAUGCAAGCUCAUAAUUCCCUAGACAUGCUGGUCUGCUCAAAAUCCCAGCAGCAAUCUGCAGACCAGAGAAAACCAAGGCCACAGCCAGAUCAAGCCCUCAAGUGCCCAAGAUGUGACUCCACCAACACCAAGUUCUGCUACUACAACAACUACAGCCUCACUCAGCCCAGGUACUUCUGCAAGUCCUGCAGGAGGUACUGGACCAAAGGCGGCACGCUGCGCAACGUUCCGGUGGGCGGUGGCUGCCGUAAGAACAAGAGAUCCUCUUCGAAACGAUCGUCGCAAGACCCUCAACAGCCACUCACUCCCAACUCCAACCCGCUGCUCCCAACACUCUCCUACGACUCAAAUGACCUCAGUCUUGCCUUUGCUAGGCUCCAGAGGUCAUGUGGGCAGAUGGGUUUCGAUGAUCACCUAUCCAUGUUAGCGAACCCAACCACCAAUUCCCAGAGCGACAUUUUGUCGAACAGUUCAUCUGCGUCACCAUCGCCAGGGUUUCUCGAUGCUCUGCGGACCGGGUUUCUCGAAACCCAUAACAAUGGCUUCCCAAACAAUUUGUAUUAUGGGUUUGGAUCAAAUGGGGGCAACAACAUGGUGGGUGAGGUGGAAAUGGACAAUGGGGUUUGCGGAGAAAUGGGGCUGCACCCAUAUGAGGAAUUGAGCAAUGUAGCAGCCACAACAGCUGUGACAGUCACAACUAUGAAGCAAGAGCUGAGCAGGGAUAUUGAGACCAACAACAACAAAGUCUUGUGGGGAUUUCCAUGGCAGAUGAACAAUGGAGAUCAUCACAACUUAAACAUGGGUGGUGGUGGUGGCGGCAGUGGUGUUCAUCAUGAGUUUGAUAAUUCAGGAAGAGAGAGCUGGAAUGGACUUGGAAAUCCAUCUUGGAAUGGACUUGGAAAUCCAUCUUGGCAUGGACUUCUUCCCCUAGUUUAAAAUCAAGUGGUACUCAUCCAGACAAUUACCAAAACUAAAAGCAUAGGGUAUUUUAAAUUUAAUUUGUUCACUUAGUUAUCAUCAAAGACUCAAAAAUGUCAGUUUCGGUGCUCUAUUAAGUUUUGUAUUAAUAUAUGACAUGAUAUGAUAUGAUCACUUCUUCUG